AUGGCCCCAACAUCCAACUCGCACAGCCAUCCGGCCGGACGUGCGCCCGGCGCAUUCGAAGCACAUUCCCCGGACGACAUCGUCGACACGCCAAGUGGCGUAACGGAUGCGGCACAUGCCAAGGCAAACUCGGCUACCAUCGUCCUUGUCACGGAGGGAUCUGGCUUCCUUGCGUCGCAUCUCAUCCUCCAACUGCUCGCGGCUGGCUACGCCGUCCGCACAACUCUGAACAGCCUGUCACAGGAGGACAAUGUGCGCAAGAGUCUGCGCAUCGCCCUGACGGCGGCCGGUGCCGACGUUGACGGCUACCUUGCUCGGCUCCACUUCUUUGCGUCCAACCUCGCCUCCGAUAACGGCUGGGCCGAUGCCGUCCGCGGCUGCACAUAUAUCCACCAUACGUUGUCGGGCGAUGCACCCAAGGAUGGCGUUUUGCGCGUGCUUCGUGCGGCCCAGGAGACGACUGUCCAUCGUGUCAUCCUGACGUCGUCGUUUGCCACGAUUGGCUACGGCCAUCCGCAAGAGAGCAGCCACGUAUUCACGGAAAACGAAUGGUCGGUCGACGACAAGAACUCGCUUCCGGCCUACCACCGCGGUUUGCUUCAGGCCGAGCGUGCCGCCUGGGAGUAUGUUCAGGGCUUGCCCGCUGGCGGUGAGCGUCACGGCAACAAGCUGCAGCUGACCGUCCUCAACCCCGUGGGUACGUACGGCCCGGCACUUCCUGGCCUUCCGCCGCCCGCGCCCAGUGCCAUUCAGCACCUGCUCGACGGCACGUGGUCUGCCCUGCCCGACCUCCACCUGGGUAUCGUGGACGUCCGCGACCUCGCCGAUCUGCACGUGCGGGCCAUGACCGCGUCAGAGGAGACCGCCAGCGGUCAACGCUUCUUGGCCGCUGCCGACGGCCGGCCUGUGUCGCUGUCGAGUAUCGCCAUGGCCAUCCGCAAAGAGCGACCGGCGCUCGCAAAGGCUCGCAAGGUGCCGUCGAUCAGUGUUCCAAAUUGGGUGGCGAGGGCAGCGUCGAUGGUUGGUGGUUCUGGUGGGAGUGGUGGACGUAAUGUGUCGUCGCAUUUGGGUCCGGCGCUUGUCACGAACAAUGAAAAAGCAAAGGGCCGGCUGGGAUGGCGGCCAAGACCUGUCUUUGAGACGAUCAUGGACACGGUGGAUAGCGUUGUCGCGGAGGAAAGUCGUAUGGUACGGGAAGCAGGAAGGCAUUAA